UUAGUCGUCUCGCAUUCGAGGAACGGCAAAUGUACGGAAUUCUAUGUAGCGUAGCGCGCAUGACUCAACAAUGAAAUUGAAAUCGGAAUCGAAAUCGUAAACGCAACCGCGCUCACCAGACCGAACUACGAGUGGCAACUACACCUAACGAGCAUACGGCACCGGCAGAAACGAUCGAAUCACGGCAGUCAAACGUAACGUCACAAAAUCAAUCACGUUAAAUCAGUUUCAAAUGUCCAGUUAAUGACGGCAGUAUAUUUUGAAUAUUUCGAACGUUUUGAAUAUACAACGGGCACGCGUAUGUGUACGAUUGUGAGUGUGUGUAAAGUGUAAAAAUUAAAUCUGCGGCAAUCUUUACAUAUUAACAUAUGUGCGUACAUACAUAUAUACGUGUAUGUGCAUAUGUACGUAUAUGCGAAACAAAAAAGUGAAAAUACGGGAAUUUGUUAUCAGAAGCUCAGCACAGAAGUGAAGUUUAGUCAAUAAGUGAUCAGCUGCUACUUUCUAAAAACAAGCACCUACACCUAUUAAUCUAUGUAUAUACAAACAUGUGUAUGUAUAUAUGUAGAUAUGUUCUUGAAAUACGUACAUUGAUAUUUCAGAGCGGCGCACAUCUCCACAUUCAUUAAUUAAUUGCGGUGUACCGCCUGAAUAUCCAGCACACGUCUUUCGUUUAAUUUAAUUUGCAAAGGAUAAAUACAGUUUGUGCGGUAGUUGGCGGAAACCGAAAUGACAAAAAUUCCAAAAAGUAGGUGCCUAAUAAAAAACAAAACCCAAUAAAAGUGAAAAGGUGUGUGUGAUAACUAAAAUAAAUCAACCCGUGUUAUUCAUUAUUCCGUUUCACCUUCAUCGACUUGCUACCUAUUCCAAGCAUCCAAUGCCGCAUUCGCAGGAGUUUAAAUAUUUCAGUGUGUUCUUUAAUUGAGAUGUAUUUGGCAUUUACAUACAUACAUAUGUAUGCAUGUCGUCGCAUGGACUAAUAACUUAAGAAGACCCGUUGCGAAAGUUUAAAAUUUUCAAAGUAAAAAGUGAAAAGCAAAAUCUUGGGAUGUGUUUCCUGUUCUGAGAUGCUCACUUCAGGGUGUUCGAAAAGUGUACAGUGCUGAGUGAAAAACGACACAAAUUAAAAAUAAUUAUAAUUGUCAUUGAUGUUUGAUAAGCCUGGAUGAGUGCAGCAGAGUUUUGGUUUUGCGAAGUAUCAGUUGGGCAAUUUACCACAAGUGCAACGCUCCAAAUUACCGAGUCGUAUUUGUGCUCAGUUGUGACCCGCGCCCAUCGUAGUCUCAGGAAUAUCAUUGUGGGUUCAUUGCCUCGACGGGAACUAGCGCCGUUAUUAAGCAUCCUUGACAGCAAACCUUGAAAUAUUCCAAAAGACGCACAUGGGCGUCUGCACCGAAGAGCGCCCUGUGAUGCAUUGGCAGCAGAGCGCAAGAUUUCUUGGGCCAGGUGCAAGAGAAAAAAGUCCAACUCCACCUGUAGCACAUCAAGGGAGCAGUCACUGCGGUAGUGCUGCAGGUGUAAAUAACAAUCGGCUACUUUAUCGGUCCUGCUCUUCCUGUCCAGACCUUUGCGAUCACAGUACAAAGCCUUACAGCUCAACGUUUAGUGAGCCGUUUAAAAGCUAUGAGACCGCAGACCGUGCAGUAUUCAGCGAAACUGCUUUAAAAUACGCCAUUAGUCGGGCUCGGCCCGACUGUUUGGAAGUGAAUGAGGAGACUACCUCGGGAAUAUCCUUUAAAACGGAGCCAUACGGCCCUCCAAGUAGCCCGGAGUCCGCAAAUGAAACACAAAAUCUGCCUCGAAAUCUAGAAGAUUGUGCGGGUUGCGGUCGAUUCAUUCAGGAUCGUUUCUACCUCUCUGCAGUUGACAAACGGUGGCAUAUUAAUUGCUUGCAAUGCUACGCAUGCCGGCAACCAUUAGAUCGAGAAUCAUCGUGUUACUCGCGAGACGGAAACAUUUACUGUAAGAAUGAUUAUUAUAGUUUCUUUGGGACAAGGCGAUGUUCAAAGUGUCGAGCAUCGAUCAGUGCGACAGAGCUGGUAAUGAGAGCCAGAAGCCUGGUGUUUCACGUUAACUGUUUCUGCUGUACAAUUUGCAACACGCCCCUUACCAAAGGCGAUCAAUAUGGAAUUAUAGACGCCCUUAUAUAUUGCAGAACACACUAUAGCAUCGCUCGCGAGGGUGAUUCAGCGUCAGCAAGGCUCGGAGGUCCAUUCCCGUAUUGCACGGACUUUGGUUCGCCACAACAUGAGUCGUCCAGUCCUCAUUCAGAUCCCACUCGCAUUGUUCCUAGUGGCAUAUUUGUGCCUACUUCACAUGUAAUCUCAGGACUAACGCAGGCGCCGCGCCAAAAAGGCAGACCUCGAAAAAGGAAGCCUAAGGACAUUGAAGCUCUCACUGCCAAUAUGGAUUUAAAUACAGAAUAUUUAGACUUCGGACGUGGGUCUCAAAUGACUGCUUCCCGGACGAAACGGAUGCGAACGUCAUUCAAGCACCACCAGUUGCGUACUAUGAAGUCUUACUUUAAUAUAAACCACAAUCCGGAUGCCAAGGAUUUGAAACAACUUUCUCAAAAAACAGGGUUGCCAAAAAGAGUUUUGCAGGUAUGGUUUCAAAAUGCCAGAGCUAAAUGGCGGCGCAUGAUGAUGAAGCAAGAUGGUUCCAAUAUUCUAGAAAAGGGCGAUGGAUCUCUUGAUUUAGACAGCAUUUCUGCGCAUAGUCCUACUUCGUUCAUGAUGGGCGGCUCUCCUCAGCAUACACUAGAGUAGCAGUCGUAUUCACUGCUGUUACCACACAGAGAACUUUGAGCUAAUCACGCUUAUGUUGUUGCUUUACCAAUAUCACAGCCGUAACUGUAACUGUAACCGUAGCUGUAGUCGAAAGCACCCGCUUUGCGCAAGCCCACGAGUCCAAUGCAAGAGAACAACCACGGCAGGGAAUAUACCGCCUAUACACGCUUCAUUCGAACACACACACAUACAUAUGUACACCCACAACCGUAUGCAUAAGUUCACACUAUACCUUUAUCCACAAAUUAUAUAAACUUCAGCAAAUUGUAUUUAGUUGCACGCCAAAUGUAUUCAUGCAUUCGAAAACAACCAACAUACAUAGACUCAGCAUGCAUGUAUGUGUGUAUUCAUGCGCAUAUAUUAUGCGCUUAUGGGUACACUCAGCAGGUCAAUAGCCAAGAAACAUCAAAAACACCUUUCAACCGCAAAACUCUUAUGCGCAUGGGCUAAUAUUUUUGUAAAUGUAUUUAGAUAUAAUUAAUAUAGAAGACAUAAUUUAAACAGAGUACCGAAAUCUGAACUCGUUAUUUCUAGCACAUUUGGCACUUAAUGGAUAAUACAUACGAUUAUAUAUCGUAUGAAACAAUACUAACUUAAGUACCUUUAUAUACCAUUUGCAUGGAUUGAAAAAUUCAACUGUAGGGUUGCGAAAGAAAGGGUAUAAAUUAGAUUUGGUUCUUGCAAUAGUUUUGAACAGAAACGUAACGAUCCUCUGGAGGAAAAUAAUCAAAGGUCUUCGCACUUAUAUCUGAACUAUUAGGGUCAAUAUAUAGAAUACUUAGAUUCAUGCACUUAAUAUACGUAUAGACAAUUGCUGUGCGGGUACGGUAUAUCUAUAUCUCUAGUGUAAGUAAUCUAGGCGGGCGUGCUAUGUGAAUAUAAAACAUUGAAAUUUAAAUUGUUUAGGUAGCUCGAACUUCCGAAGCUCAUACAGAGCGAGAAAGCGAUCACUUGUUUGAGUUUCCUAUUUCAAAGCUCCUCGUAAACCCAUCUGCCGUUCGGAGGCGGCAUAAAAGUGAAGGUCACUCCAUUUGUGGAACCACAUCAAGACGCACAUCACAACGGAGGGCCGCGGCCAAACACCCAACAAAACAUGUACGCGCCAAGUAUACAUAUAUGUAAAUAUAUAUCACAUAUAUUUAUAUUUUACAACCGCAAAAAUCGUGUUUUCUAUUUCAGAAAAUACUUUAAAUUAAUCCCCUAUAGUUUAAAGGAUAUUCUCUUUGAGUUUAAUGCAGGCUUGUUUUGCUCUUCUUUCUCUUCACCUUCUGUAACAUGGAACCACUGAUUUAAAAUCAGAACUUCUUGACAGCAUACGCCUACAUAAUUAAAAUGUGAAGUGUCUCCACAAAUAACUCGACCUUUUUAAAGUAUUUUCAUGGAAUUGAAAGAUUGAGGUAUAGUUGCAGACAUGCGUAGUAUAUGUGCAUUAGGGUGGUGGCCCUUAAUUGCUUGGAUAAGAAUAAAAGCGUUCAGAUUAUCGGUGUCAGGCACUAGGAAUAUGGAAUAUUCUAAAAACUAAAAAUACAACGUUCUAGGCCAACCUAAAAGGAUUAACAGGUAGCUCGCUACGAUCCAAAUUUUGAAGGAAUAUGAAUUUUAGCCUUUUAUUAAUUUUAGGCUUAAAUAUAUCAUUUAUUGAGAAAACAACUUUAUGCCUCUCACUUAUAAAUAAUAUAAUAAUCAGAUUGCUUGCAAUUUAAUGGUUUGAAAUAGACUUUAUUAUUCAGUAAAUUCUCCCUAAACAUCAAUCCCUUGUUCCAGUGAAAUUCCUAUUUAUGAAUUCGAUUACUCAAGUGAGGGCUGUGAAGGGCUGCGAAAUAUGCUGC